AUGAGGUGUUUAAUCGCUAGUCCUGUAUCUACCCCGGUGCGUUCUCUUGGACAGGUCGCCACUAUUGCGAUUUGGGCCAAAGGUCUCUUCGAGAGAAAGCCUCUGGACGAAGUGGUGUACGUCGUUGAUUUGGAUGAUGCUCUGAAACUACCCGCGCGAAUGGCUAAAAAUACCCGCUACGCGGAGUGGCGACUUGACGCUCACCGUAUAACAGUUGCGGAACUGCUGAGAGCUUUGAAGGAACAAUCGUGUGUGCCCGAAAACAACGUGCCGGAACACAAAAAAGCGGAGAACAAGCAGUGUGGAGAAGGGACUGUACAGCUAAGGGCAAGGAACGUGAGUCGCUUCUCUAGACGUCGGGUGAAGUACUACCGGCGAGCGGAUAAACCGCUUUUCGACGAGACGCGUUGGUGUGCUCAGGGCGUGGAAUACCCCUCCAGCGGACUAUGCGAGAAUGCUCACGGCGUGGACUGUACGGGCGACGCCCAGUUCCCCUUCACCGUCAAGGGCGAGAAGGUCCUCGUUCUUGAGAAGAGUCUGCGUAAGGGCAGGAUGCGCCAGAAGACGCUCCGACGCAUUGCUCUCGAGCUCGCCGAAUGGCACCAAGCGCAGUGGGAGGAGUCCUGUCUGGCGGUGUUUGGCCAAUCUCAACCCGACAACCCAGGUCUCCUUAGUCUCAACCCGGCCGCGACCGGUCGUCUAGACACCCGUGAGAUACCUUGA